GGCUUAAUCGAUAAACACGCAUUUAGAAAUAAAUGACGUCAUAACAAAGAUGAAGAGUUCACUCGCCGCUUACGAUAUAUUUCAGAGACGUGUUGGUAAACACAGUAAACAGUGAACUGUUCCUGGUAAUACAGUACUCUACUGAUACAAAUUGUGUAAAGUGGUAUCGAACGUACUUAAGUUUAAAGAAAUUUAUCGAUUCAUUAUCAACUUUCCUUUCAUCCACCGUUUUGCUCACUUCGAUCAGAGAGAAAAUUAUUGAAGAGAGGAGAUCACAUUUUAUAUGCAGUUGGGUAUUAUUCUGGUAACCUGAGAUUAUUUUCAAAUAAUCGACAAUUUUGUUGUGGAAUCCUGAUUCAAAAUCCGUCUUUCAUCUGUACUUUUGCAUUUUGCCUACUUAAUUUCAGCGAAAGGUUAUUGCAGGAAAGUUUGUCUAACAGGCCGAACAAAGUGCAUUUUACCGGGCCUUAUUCAAACAAAUAAAAUAUAAAUUUCAAUUCGUGUGCAAUAACGUUUGAAUUAAACGUCUUAGGCCUAUUUGGUUCCAACUUAAAUAAAAGGAAUGAUGUCCACGAAAAGCACAAAGCAACUCUUAAUGAUAUUUUUGGUACUCGGUGCGGCGGCGUCUUUAUUUCUAUUGCAUCCGACAUCAUAUCCUGUGGUUUUUCGUGGUUCCAACAGUCAGAACCGAAAAAUAAACAGUAAAAAUAUUGAUUGUGCAGAGAAGAAAAACAUAGUGUUUCUUAAAACCCACAAGACAGGCGGAACGACUCUUGCAAGAAUAAUUGAACAGUAUGCAUAUGACAAUAAACUGAAUGUUGUGAGGAAGAUAGGAGAAGGAGGAUCUAUCCACUUUGGAAACAGGAAUUUCAAUUUUGAUUCCAAACGGCUGUUUUUGCCGCCAAUGGGCGUUGAGAGCGGGAAUUACGAGGAGUACAGAUACAAUGUGUUCACUUUACAUUCUCGAUACAACAGACCAGUUUAUGAUGCAUUUAUGGAAUUAAACUCUAUGUAUAUUACUAUAAUCCGUGACCCAGUCGCGCAGUUUGAGUCUGCAUUCGAUUUCUUUCAUGUCGGAUCUAUCUUAAAUCGUAACACGACUGAGAAGCCGUUGAAUAAAACGCAGAAGUUAGAAUUGUUUUUUGAGGAUGUUUCGGCGAACUGGAGAAACCUAAGCUUAACUAAAAAAAAGUUUUCCUAUAAUAAUCAAAUUUGGGAUUUGGGUGUUGAUCCGGCUUUGUGUACCAAUGAUUUUCUCAUUGAUUACAACAUACAGCGGUUAGAUGAUGAAAUAGAUUUUGUACUGAUCAACGAAUUUUACGACGAAUCAUUGAUAAUAAUGAAGAAAAUGCUUUGCUGGCAAUUCAGUGAUAUACUGUAUCUACCUCGAAACCAGAGAGGAGAGCGUGCCGUGAUAGACGCAGGACUUAGUAGAAAGAUCGCUCAAUGGAACGCCAUUGACACGAAAAUGUAUCAUUAUUUUGUAAAGCGUCUGCAAGAUCAUAUUAAGAACUAUGGCCCAGCAUUUCAGGCAGAUUUAACCGCCUUCAAGAGUAUGACUUCAUUUCUCUAUAAAACGUGCGUUUCUGGUGAAGAAUUUAAAAGAAAGCGGAUAAAUUACGAAAAGCGCGGUAACUAUACAAGCGACAUCUGCCAAUCACACGAUUCGUUAGACGUUUGUGAUUUUGGUAAUGGGUACAUUUUAACGUUAGACUUGAAUUUAGUGUGUGAACGGGUCACGUCUAAUCCAAGAGCACUAAAUCGUGAUAUUAGAAACAUGAUGAAAGGAUGAAUUAUUUUGUGUUUUGAUCAAAAGUUUAACUUUCGUUACAUGAUGAAUAGAUAUUUAUUAUUGAGUCGGUAGUACGCCAGUAAGGGCUCACUCAUACCCUAACCUUAAUAUAAUAAUAAUAAUAGUAAUAAUAAUAAUAAUAAUAAUAAUAAUAAUAAUAAU